CAUGAACAUGACCUGGAGGUAACUGUUCACACACCUGUAUUUCAAAGUGUCCUCAACUAGUCAACACAUUGGAUGCACGAGAUAGAAAUCCUACCUUAAGACAGACAUCCAGUGAAUAUGUUGAACUAGAAAGAAACAACCCUGGGAACAUACCACCACCUAUUUCCCUGUGAUCAACACAUGGCUAUAAAGUAACAGUACAUAGAAGAGACGACUGUUGUGCGAUAUCUGUAACAAUGUCUAACAUUUACCCAUCGCUGGAGGAUAUGAAAGUGGGCCAGUUGCAGAAGGCUCAGGUGCAACAUGAACACCAGCUACAGGGACCUCCAGCUGGUUCAUACCCACCUCAGGGGCAGGAACAGCAACCCAGCCAUUCUCUGUACCCUUCACUCGAAGACUAUAUGGGUCUGUCUCUGACACAACAGUUUGUUGACCAGAAUAUGCCAGUUGUUGCAGCUCACCCACAAUCAAUGCAAGUAUCCACACGACAAACCAGUUUAAUGCAAGUGGCACCAGUGACAGGCUUCAACAAAGGCCUUAUCCGGGCUGAAAUCAAGCAUGGGGUACGGGAGGUGGUGCUGUGUAAGGACCAGGAUAACAAAAUUGGUGUUCGAAUGAGGCAUGUCAACAAUGGUUUAUUUAUUUGUCUGGUACAAACCAACUCUCCGGCUGCACUGGCAGGUCUCCGGUUUGGUGACCAGAUUCUACAAAUCAAUGGUGAGAAUGUUGCAGGCUGGAAUACCGAUAAGGCCCACAAAGUGCUGAAAGCUGCUAACCCAGAGAGAAUCACAAUGGCUCUUCGAGAAAGACCAUUUGAGAGAACAAUCACAUUGCAGAAGGACAGCCAUGGCUAUGUUGGUUUUGUCUACAAAGAUGGCCGCAUCAAAUCAAUUGUGAAAGAUUCAUCAGCAGCAAGAAAUGGCAUGCUCACAGACCACAUCAUCACAGAAAUAAAUGGACAGAACUGUGUGGGAAUAAAGGACAAGGAAAUGGGAGAACUGUUUGAUGCAGGUGGCAGAACCAUAACAGUGACCAUCAUUCCGUGUGUGUUGUAUGAUCACAUUGUCAAGUGCAUGGGAGGAAGCAUUAUCAAGAACAUGAUGGAUCACUCGAUUCCUGAUGUAUAAAGAAACAUGUGCCAUGAUGUGGACCUGUUGGAAAGGCCCAUCCCAUAAUAAACUGUUCAUUAGCUUUCCAUAAAUUUUUACUAAAUUAUUCCACGUGAACAAUGUUUAAUUUUUUGCAUUCUUAUUGGGAUAAAAACAUAAGUAGACAAAUGUUAGAAAUAAUUUUGGAAAUGCAUCAUUAUCGGUUUGCAUCAACUGAUCAAUUUUAUAAUUAUGCAGUUCCAAUAAACUUAGCAGGAUUUGCUUAGAAAGACUAUUAUGCAUCUAUUAUAUUAACUGGGACAGAGUCAAGAAGUUUACCCAAUUAUGCAUGAAACCACAACACAUUUCACAUCAAGAUUAUAUCAAUAACGUUUACACAAACAAUAUUAUAAACAUAUUCAAGGACAAACAAAUUUAUAAAAAAAUAUACUUUGUUAAAUUAUGCUGCUAACAUUAAUUUAAAAAAAUUGAUGGCAAGUAUUUUUCCCAAAAGAACCAUGUGCAAAUUUUUUGCAUGAAGAUCUAUGCGGAGUUGUACAGUGUGACACAAUCAAUCGCCUGAUCAGAGGUCAAGACCUCUCAAAAAGCAUAUUCCCAAUGUGAAGAGACGAAAAAUAUCUCAUGGGUAUCUCUUCCACUGCAGCAUAAUAAAACAAAAAUCCUUGCUACUAAUGAAAACAUAUAGUAGGGUCCUCUAAGACUGUCAGAAUCACUAUAUGUUUGACAUCCAGUAGCCAAUGAUAAUAAAUCGAUGUGCUCUACUGGUGGUGUUAAGCAAAACUAAUUUUUUAAUUAUAAACUUUAUAGUUAACAAUCACAUAGCUAGAAUCCAACAGAACGCCAUCAAUUUUUCAGUGACAUUUAGCCAAAUUGUUUCAAGAAAAUACCCAAAACAAUGGCCUACAUAAUGUAUAAAAUACAUAGGACGAGUAUUUUUCCAAUCGAGCAGAUAUAUGUACGAAUUACAGGAAAAAAUUAGAUGUACUUUUGUAUGACCUUUGUUUAUUUCCUGUUCAUACAUGUACUUUCAUCGGUGAAAAAAUAUGAUCAAUCCAUAAUUAUUAGAUUUUGUUUGAAUUGUAAAUUUCUUCACAUUUACAUAUUUUACCAUUGAUGCUAACAAUACAUUAUCUGGUGGACAGAAUUGCACAUAAUAAAAAUCUGUGAUUUUUCGAAUGUUCUAAACCCCUUUCAUUCCUCAUUUAAUACCAAGUUUUUGUAAAACAAAUUAUGAUGUGUUGGACUUCUUAAAUGACAUUUUUGUUUUAAUUUUUGCUUAUUUGUUUCUCACUUAUGCCUACUAUUGUAUUAACAAAAUUUAGGCAGUGUUAAAUUUUGUAAAUGUUUGUUAAUAAAUGUACAUAACAUGUAUAUGUGAAGUCUUUUCAUUGCUGAUAUGUAUCAAAUUAUAAAGAUAGUUACGUUUUCCCAUUAAUUUUGAUUAGUAGUUUUAUUUUAUACUUUUUUUUUUUUUUUUAAAUCAUAAACAUUUAAAAUAAAAAUGUUCAUUGAUAUAUAUAUUUGAUAAACAUGUAUGCAUUAUCAGAAUGUAAUUCAUAUUAAACUUUAGAUUACUGGAUUAAUCCAUUAUGCUACACAUGAUUAUAAAGAAUAACAGUUGGAUAAAAUAGCAUAUACUGGUGGUGGUUGGUAUGUUUUAACACAUUUUGUUAUUAAUAGUAAUAAUACUAUUUUAUAUCGGAUUCUGUAAUUUGAACUAAUCACUAUUCACAUUCAAAAAUGUGUAUGUAUAAUUUUCAGUAGCUGUUAAAAAUAUCCAAUGUAGUUCUUCCAAAUGAUAGAUUUGCAAUUGCAUAAAAAUGUAACAUUUAAUGGAACACACUUUAGCUGGGAAUUAUGUCUCUUUUUAUCACCUCAAUGGUGAAAUUGUCAAAUUUAAGUAUUAACUUAUAUCAAAGUUUGACCACAAAGACAAGAUUUAGAUUUUUUCAUUAGUUGUGUAGAAUAAUGCAGAACUCUGUAAUGGUCACUAAUAUCUCCAGUUGACUAUCCAAUCUUUAUCACGAUUUAAAGAAAUAUUUGUGUAAUUAUAUCUGCCUUUGUGACCCAUUUACUGUUGUGCCUCAAAUGGCAUAAAAUGGUCAAGAACUACUAGUAUACAACACCUGGGUGGGACGUAACCCAGUGGUAAAGCGCUCACCUAAUGAGUGGUUCAUCUAGGAUCGAUCCCUGUCAGUGGAAUCAUUGGGCUAUUUCUCAUUCCAGCCAGUGCACCACGACUGGUAUAUCAAAGGCUGUAGCAUGUGCUAUUCUGUGAGAUGGUGCAUAUAAAAGAUAAAAUUGGUUUUCCUAUUUUUGGAUAUACAACAUAGUAAAGUUGACCCACACAAUUUCAGAUAACAAUGACCUAUGUAAAGAUUACCACUGAAUGUAACACCAUGAACAUGUAUUAAGCUAUAUAUAAAAUUGCAUUUUGUGUUUCUGUUCUACGCUAAAUCCCAGCAAUUCAAAGUACGGUAAGCAAGAGCAACUGGCCCCCAGAAAAUUUUGAUUUUCUUUUUUCUUUUAUCCAUGACCCUAUGAUACUUGGGACUCCCAUUUUGUUUUAUCCCCAGCCAGUUGUUUUAGCCUAGAUAGUCCUAAUGAGAAACAAAAUGUUUUUAUCUGUUGAAUAUGCCAUAGAUGUUUAUUGUCAUGUUGUAAUAUUAUAAUAAUUGGUUUAUUUGAAUUAUUUGGAAUAUCUCAGUAUUGCACUACGUAUAAACAAAAUUAAAUUCAUUAUACAACAAUUUAACCACUAAAAUGUUAAUGUCUUAUUUUUAAUCAUCUCGCUAUGUAUAUUGGUAAACAUAUUUAAUUAGUUUUAUAUUAAGUAAUACAAAGGCAAUUACUUGCAAAAAGAUAGUUUUUAGACUGUGAAUUAUAUGUAUUUUAAUUAAAUGUAUUAGGCCUGCUUUUCACUAACACGAUUCGGACCCAAAAAUUUACUUUUCCCUAUCUGCAUUUUCUCAAGCAGAUUACUGUAAAAAGAAUUUACGUUGGAGUGUACUUUAAGCUGAAAGUAAAUGCUUCAUGUUGUGUCGCCACACUGAAAAACGUGUGCAGAAAAAUUGCUUACCAAUCAAUUGCCUCCCCCCCCCCCAAAUGAUGAAUGCCCGGAUGCAGAAUCGCAUCUAUGUAAAAGGUAGUAUGAAAAUAUACUGUAUCGAUAAACUUGCACAUGAAAUAAUGUUAAUGGAAAGCAGGCCUAACAUUUGAGAAUGAAAUGUAUUGUUGUUAAAAUCAAUCACAAUAGAUUAUUGUGCACAUUUACUGUAUUGUUUGUUUGUAUAUUUUAUUAAUAUUGAAUGAUAAAUAUUAGGCUUUUA